GCGGCGGAGGUGUCACGUGCCUCCCCGCCAGCCAAUCAGCGGCGGGCGGCGGCGGCGCCAAGAUGGCGGACGAUAAGGACUCGCUGCCUAAGCUGAAGGACCUCGCCUUCCUGAAGGGGCAGCUGGAGAGCCUGCAGCGCAGGGUGGAGGACGAGGUGCAGGCCGGCGUGGGGCAGGACGGAUCGCUGCUGGCGUCGCCCUUGCUCAAAGGUUUCCUGGCGGGAUACCUGGUGGCCAAGCUCCGCUUCUCCGCCGUCCUGGGCUUCGUGGCCGGCACCUGCACCGGGAUUUACGCCGCCCAGAACUAUGCCGUGCCCAACGUUGAGAAGACGAUUCGGGACUAUGUGAAUUCACUGAAAAAAGGUCGGGACUAGCGAGGAGGAGCCCGGAGGCAGCAGGGACUGCAGGAACCGUGCUCCUUAGGUAGCAGGCACAGAGCACCCCUAGGGCUCUGGGAGGCACAGAACCUGCACCCUUCUUUUCCCUGGAACCACACCACUGCCACACAUCAGGGGGCUGGUGAUGGGUGUUUGUUGGGCACCAUGGCAGCAGUGAUCACUGCACUAACCCACAGCAGCUUGAGAGCACUGAGGGGCUGCCAGCUGCCUUUUCCCCUGACCUUUCCCUGUGGACUGAGGGGCUGCUGUGCCUGGUCACCCGUGUGCCCUGUGCUUUGUGUGGCUUCUCAGGAAGGCCUGUAGUUCUCCUCCUAACCAGAGACAGCACCCUGCUCACCUGCUGCAUCACCAGUGUUGCAGGGAACAUCCUGCUUGAAUCAGGCUCAUUAAAUUCUCGGUAUUUGAUCUGUU